UCAUAUCGAUUGCAACUUGUGUUUUCGUUAUCGUUGUAUUGUGGUUGUAUGUAAUAUAAGUAUGUAGCAAAUUCGACUCAUUGCUCGAAAUCCUAAAGAAACCCGGCUGCUAGUUUUGCCUCUGCUUUGCAAAGCUUUGUGUCGCCAAGGCUAUAGUAUCUAAAUCAUGUUAGAAAGUCAGUCUUCAGAUUCUGGAAAUCUUCUGGAACUAAUCGAGAGCAAACUUCGGCACUGUGUAGAAAGUGAUCGUAAGGAAAUAAAAAGGCGCAUCAAAAACACUUUGAUACAGUUUGAUAAUGGAAUAAAGCUGCCAGUUCCCGGGCAUUCAUACAAACUCAGAUAUCGAUAUGCCAUCAAUUUUUGGAAAGAAAAAAUGCGAGACGUGCAAAACCCGACUUUCGAUUUGGCAAAGGACUUCAACAAAGAACUGAAGACUAAAUUAAGUAGUAAAGAAGGCUUGAAUUUCAAGAACGGUGUUGACGAAGUAGCCUUAGAUGAAUUUUUUGGUAAAUCUCCAAAUAAAGGCAGGCGAAGUUCUGCGGCGAAGACCCAUGGGUCGCUGGAAUCCGAUGAACAGAACGCGGUAUGGUAUGUCACUUGUAAAUGCGAGAAAUCAUUUUGGGUGAUUCAAAAUUGCAAGGACGAGAAAGAAAUUCACUGCCACAAUAUUCCGUGUUCCUACGAGCUUAUUUAUCCCGGGGAUGAAGUUAAAGUCGUUGAGGGUACUUCGUUUAGAUCUAGAGACGUACAGAAUGACAGUGUUCAAAUAUUAAAGUCUACAGGACCAUCCUCGGGUGAAAAUCGAGAAGCUAAAGCUGACUUUAUCACCAGCCUGUUGGACGAUCUUAAUGAAGGAGAGUCUUGUUUGCAUGUUUAUAACAUUCUGAGAACAAGAUGCAUAGGAAUUUGGAAUAGUAUAAAGAAUGACGAAGAGCUUUUUGAAGAUGAGCAAUGUGUACGAGAUGUUUUGAAUUUAUCUUUAUCACUGUCAAAAAAGUUGUCAAAAAAAAGCGAGCCAUCCUGUAAAGAGUUUUUGCGAGAUCUUUCUUCAUCGAUGUUUUUUAUCGCGUUGCCAGGAUUCAUAGAAAAUCAUGGUGAGAAUGAGAGUGAGAGUGAAGAUAUUAACGUUUUAAAGUCACUUCUCGAAAUCAUGAUGGAGCACUCCCCACAAACCGCAACCAAAAUAUUAAAGGUGGCCAAAUAUCUAGCCAGAAAAAUGCAUGUAAACAGCAUUGGCGACGAAAACCCAGAGGAAAAUUCAACAUGUUCUGACGUAGAAUACUUGGUUCAUCUUGCUACGUUAUUGGCAAAAGCAGUACCAGGAUAUCAGGAUGUAGACCCCACUAAUUGUGCGUGGAAUGAAUUGCCGAUUAUUCCAACAAAGAAGGAAAUAUGUUCCGAAUUUGAUUUCGAAAGUCUGCAACCAAUCAAACAUGACAAACCAUACGACAGCGUCGAGCAGUAUUUGGAUAUAAAUUUUUCUUUACUCCGCGAGGAAUGUUUCAAAGAGAUUUGUGUACUGGCAUACAAGAUUUUCAAAAUGGGAAUUACGAUCCACGGAAAAUGAAAAUAUACAAAAUAACGUUGAGAUCAACAACAUGUGAAACACAAGUCCUGCUUGAGUUAAACAGUGAGGAAUACAACUAUGAAGAUGAGAAGACCAGCUCGGAAGAGGAAGAUGAAGAAGAAAAUGCAUCUCAUAAAAUACUCUACGGCAGCUUAAUGUGCAUCUCACUGAAUAAGAGCUUUGACAAUUUAAUAUGGGCUACGGUGGUGAAAUCUGAAUGUCAACAACAUUCACACAAAAAGACAGUUUCUGUAAGAUUGUGUUCUGACCGAAAUAAGGAUGAAAACCUCGACGUUCUGUUAGAAUUGUCAGCAAUAACUAAUAAAGGAGACCAUGCUCUAAUGGCAGAAAGCCCAACGUUUUACCCCGCUUUCGGUCCUUGUAUGAAACGCCUAAAAGAGAUAUAUGAAAGUGAUGAAGAAGGUAACAUGCCUCUUGCUGAUGAACUGGUUUUUGGAAGAAAGUCUUCACCACCUGAAUAUACAAUGUCAUGUGAUCCGAAAAAGGAAUGUGAUUGGAGCACUAUAUUUGAAAAGCCAAGCAAUGACGGUUUCUCAUUUCCUGAAGAAAAUCAACUUAACCCCUUUGAACAGUUCAAAUACCUGGAAGCGGAAUCAACAAAACGUCUACUGGAUGAAUCUCAAAUGAAGGGCAUUGAGAACUUUUUGCAACAUAGAGUGUCAUUAAUUCAGGGUCCCCCAGGUACAGGCAAAUCUUUCCUGGGUGUAAAGAUUCUACGUUUGAUGCUUUCUUUGGGAGUUCAUCAGCGUUACGGAGGUCCAAUUUUGGUUAUGACCUACAAAAAUUUGGCUUUGGAUCAUUUCCUGAUGGCAUCCCUCGAAUAUACAACAAAAAUGGUUCGAAUUGGAAGGACGAAUGAGAACGGUAACGAAAAGCUUGAGGGAAUAAAUCUUAGAAAUGUGAGAAAGGGAAUUGAUAGAAAACUGCAGCAAAAUGACCAAAAAGUCCAAGAAAUGAAACGAAAAUCGCAGUUUAAACUAAGAAUUUUAUUCAAAUGUUUAUCAAAUCCUAUCUUUUCCAUAAGAUCAUUCUUCCAGGCAGCGUCGAGGAAUAAUAUUACGUCACUUUUGAAUCCAGACGAAAUUAAUGUCAAUCAACGUGAGAUCGACGAUCUUUUAUCAAAAUGGAAGCCAAACACUGCUCCAAACGAACGGUUGAAAGCACUUGUGAGGAAAAGUUUAAAAAUAUGGCUGCCCAGAGACAAAAUUCAAGAAAGGUUUAAGAAUCACACAAAAGUUGUUCCAGAAUCUCAUCAAUUCCAUGUAAAAAACAGUGUUUCCUCGUCGCCAACAAAAGAUGAUUCAGAUUUACAUUAUGCAAUUGACUCAAAAGUCGCAGCGCAAGAAAGAGAGCAAAACGCUUUGGAAGGUGACUGUCCUAAAGACGAUUAUGAAAUACCAAACAAAACUGAGGACUGUGGUGAUGAUGGAGAUUUGAUCCCAGACGUAUACAUCCCAUUUGUGUGGGAAAACUAUGAAGACGAAGAGGAAGACGUUUACGAAUAUCUUAAUUUGUGGGAAUUGGAUGAUGACGAACGUGUAAAUUUUAUUUGCUUCCUACAACGGGAAAUAGUCCGUGAAUUUGGCAAAGCCGUUAGAUCCUACGAAGAUAACGCAAAGCUCCAUCAGGAUUACUUAGACGACAGUACAGUUAACACAUUAAAAGAAUACGACGUAAUUGGUAUGACCGUCACCGGGGCUGCACUUCGAUUACACUUAUUAGAUCAACUUAAACCUUGUGCAGUAAUCGUGGAAGAAGCUGCAGAAAUAAUAGAGGGCCAGUUGCUUGCUGUCCUCCCACCCACCAUCCAGCACCUGGUUAUGUUAGGAGAUCAGAAACAACUUAAGCCUCGUUUAAAUUGUUACCAAUUGAAAAAACGGAACCUUGACUGCUCUAUGUUUGAAAGAUUGAUAAACUACAAGCUGGAUUACCAGAUGCUUGAUAAACAGUGCCGAAUGCGAGAUGAUAUUGCCGAUCUUCUUCGCUCGCUGAAUAUUUACAAGGAUUUGAAAACAAACGAAAAGAAAACGAGCGGUAACAAUCCACCAGAUUGUGUUGGACAUAGCCUACUCUUCGUGAAACACCAAUCAACAGAAAAACGAAUGAAAGGAUCCAACAGUUUGUGGAACCCACAAGAAAUCAGCAUGGUCUUGGAAGUUGCUGAGUAUUUGAUGAAGAACAAUUACAAUCCUUACCACGUCACAGUCCUUUGCGCUUACAGUGGCCAGGUUGAAAAGAUGAAAGCUGCAUUCAAAAGAAAGUCGUUGGAUACGUCUCAAGAGUAUUAUCCUAAAUUGAGAGAUAUUUCUAUUACAACUGUGGACAGUUUCCAGGGCAAUGAGAACAAAGUGAUCCUACUGUCUUUGGUUCGCAGCAAUAAAGAAGAUAAGAUCGGGUUUCUUAAUGAACAAAAUCGAAUAUGCGUGGCAAUUUCGAGGGCUCAAUGUGCGCUGUAUAUGUUUGGAAACGCCAGCACGUACAGAUCCACAUCCAGGAACUGGAAGAUUAUUAUAAAAUUUUUGGAGGAUCGAAGGUUAAUUGUGAACAUGUUUCCGUUUGAAGAUGCGAUUAAUGAUGGGAACCGCACAGUAGAAGAUAAAAGAUCGAUUUUUGGAAUGAAAUUAAACAGGCGUGAGAUUACGCGAUUGUCUAAAGGAAUUGUCAUGAGGUGGGAAGAACUGUCGGCAUUGGAAAACAUUCCUAGGGGAGACUUCGAGAAUUUGUUUAAGGACAAUGUUAAUUAUCCAGAACCAAGAAAAAAGGCUGAAAAAUGUUUGGUUAUGAUCAAUGAAAAAUCGGAUUUCAGCCGAGAAAUACUUGCAUGUCAUCUAGAGGAAUUGAACUUGCACGAACUGGCAGGCUUCGUACGGUCCGGAGAAUUGAGGGACGCUGUGCUUAAUUAAAGAAUUACGUGGGUUUUGAAAAUCCAAUCAAGUCAAACUUCUGAAAUUCACCGUAACGAAAAAGAUGGCGGCAUAUACAUUUUACCAUAAUGCAUUGCGGACAUUAAAAAUGAUUGACUGAAAAAAGAUGGCAAGAAAAACUCCUAAUGACGUGAAAUUUUAACACAGCGAAGAAAAUAAUUUCCUGUUUUAUGCCUGUCUUUUAAAA